UUGACAGAGUAUCUAUCUCUAUAUGCAAUCUAGUAACAGAUCUAAGAUUUGAUCUUCCACAAGAGUAUCAGUAUUUCGACAAUUCAAGAUCAGGAGGACGAUUGGAAAUUGCAGACUAUUGCCCAUACCAAGCUAAUGUUAGAUUUGGUGAUGGAAGAACAAGUGACUGCUCCAAUGCAACCAACCAACUCCCAGCUGGUAGAAACACAUUUGGGGAAAGAUAUGGCGAAGGUGCAGCUUGUUUCACACAGCCUGUACCAUUGACAGCAUCGUUAACUAGAUCUUUUGGAGCAGGAUGUUUUCGGUACACUUGUAAUGCUGACAGCACAAAGCUAGCAGUGUUUGUCAACAGUGUCAGUUACACUUGUGAUCAACCAGGAAACGUGCUAAAUGUCAUGAACGAUGGUAUUGUUGGAACUAUUCAAUGUCCUUCUUCUUUUGAAAGACUUUGUCAGAAAUCUAUCGAUUUUCCCACAACUAGUCCUCCCACAUCUAGUUCCCCCACGCCAUCUUCUACAACUACCAGCACACCAUCAUCUGGUGUUGCAAUUAAUUUCAUGAAGUUUCUGCUCCUGGCACCUUUGUUUACUGCCUUUCUUGUCGUCUUUGGAUGAUAAACUAUUUUAAUUCUCAUUAAUUUUUUAAAAUAAUUAAUUUAGAUAAUUAAA